CCUUGUCCCCAACGCCUUCCUGAAGGAUAAAUUGAAGCGGUUCCUGGGUUCAGAGUCGCUGAGGUCCAGGAGACGGAAUGUCAUCACAUGUUUUGCCAACAUCACCGAAUUCUGGAGAAAAAGCAAAAGAUGAAUCAGUCAAAAAGGACAGACCAUAUAAGGUCUUUUUCAAAGAUCUCUUUCUUUUCAAAGAAAAUGAAAUGGCAGCAAAGAAAAGGGAAAAAAUUUUGAACCGUAGCAUGAAAGUCUACCAAAAGUCUACUUUUUCAUCCCGAAUGAAGAGUCGUUCACACCUGAGCCAAAUAGCUCUUCUUUCUGACAGAGGUGAUGGCUCAUUUGAAAAAUUUGGGUUAGAUCCAAUUCUUAUUCUCAGAUUAACAGAAGGUGCAGAUGCGAAAAGGACUGUUCAUGAAUUUAUUAAUGACCAGAGAGACAGGUUUCUACUUGAGUAUUCUCUGUCAGCCAAAAGAAGCACAAUUAAUAAGUUUGAAAAACACAUAGCAACGAGGGAAAGGCAACUUAGAACGGCAGAAAUAAAGCUCGAGCAUGACGCAAUGGCCUUUGAAGAGUUCCUUCGAGAAAAUGACCAGAGAUCCGUAGAUGCUCUCAAAAUUGCAGCACAAGAAACUAUAAACAAACUUCAAAUGACAGCAGAGCUAAAGAAAGCCAGCAUGGAGGUGCAGGCCGUGAAGAGUGAAAUAGCAAAAACAGAAUUCCUCCUUAGAGAGUACAUGAAAUACGGAUUCUUUCUACUGAAAUUGUCUCCAAAACAGUGGCAAAUUCAGCAAGCCCUAAAAACUUCAUCAAAAAAUAAUAUCAUCAUUCCAAAAUCAAUAAAAAAAUCCUCCAUCAGUUCCAGUAAAAGAGACAGCUUUGAUAUGGAGACGAUGACUUCAGAUGACUAUUCCAUGGGAAGAGGGAGCCUAGGAAAGCCACGCAAGAAGUCCACCCUCAACUCAGAACCUAAGAAAUCACCCUGGACAAACCGGCCUGACAGUAUCAGCUCCGAAGACAGUCUGGAGUUCUUUCUAGAUGAAGACAUUGACUUGGAUCUGGAGCCAGAGCUUUAUUUCAAGGAACCAGAAGAGUUACUUCAAGUCCUCACAGAACUGGAAGAGCAGAAUCUUACUUUGGUCCAAUAUUCCCAAGAUGUAGAUGAAAAUCUUGAAGAUGUAAAAAAAAGAGAAAAAGUCAUACAUGAUAAGGUAAAUAGCAACAUUGACUUCCUGGUGGAGCACAAGGAAAUGCUUAAGGCUAACUGUGUGAGAGAAGAGGAAAAAGCAGCAGAAUUGGAACUGAGGUCCAGGCUCUUUAGUUUUGGAGAAUUUAAUUCGGAAGCUCAGGAAAAACUGAUAGAUUCACUUAGUAAAAAAAUUAAUCAAGUAUAUAAAGUCUGCAUUGGAGAUGCUGAGGUUGGCAGCCUGAAUGCAGUUCAAAAGCUGGUCAAAGUAGAGUCUCGACUGGUGGAACUGAGCGACCUCAUCGAAUCCAUCCCCAAAGAAAGUGUGGAUGCAAUCGAGAGAAUAAAACAGAAGGAGAGGCGACAAAAGUUGCGUGAAGAGAAAAUGAGAGAAAAGCAAAAGUACCAAGAAGAAAGGCUAAAAGCUGCUCUGGAAAGAGCUGUAGCACAACCAAAGAAAAAGAUGGGAAGACGGCUUACCUUUCGUUCACAACCUCCAUCUGGUAGCAAACAUGAUCUAAUUUUCAUCAAAGAUACAAGAACAAAAUCACUGGAGGAAGAAUAUUUUUUUGGUUGAAUAGGAGCAGUAAGACAUUUUAUUAUCAGAAUGUUUUACAUAAAUUUUAUAGAUUUUGGCUUUCAUUAAUGGCAAAUCUUGUCCCACAUAAUGUCCUAAUCAAUUCAAGAAAGGUAGGGUCAUAUUCUGUAGGAUAUGGUAGUAGGAAUGAGAGUUUUUGUAGCUUUUUAUUAUUCAUAUUGUUUUAUAUAGCUAAACAUAUCUAUAUUUUGAGUUGUCUCAGUUGAGGAUACAUAUCCCAAAUUAGUUAGUUGAAUUACUUUUAAAGUAUAAUAAUGGCUCGUUUCUGACAAAGUGAGAAUUUAAAUGAUGUAUUUUCUCAACAUAUCUAUAGGGAAGCACAUAGCAUACUGUUAUUACUACAGAAUAUACAUUUAACAAUGUAAAACUAAAACAAAUGAGAAGUUUUGAGGGGUUUAAAACUUAAUCGAAAUCUACUAGAUUAUGGUCUCAGAAUAUAACCAUGAGACUGAUUUUUGUUUCAUAUGAAUUUCUGUUCAGAAAACUUUAUUCUCUUAAAUGAACAAAGCAUAUGCCUCCCACCUAAAUGUCAGAUCACGAUUUCUGUUGUGACCUAUCUCCAGUCAUUGUAAUUUUCAGAUGAUGUUUCAAGUUCAGCUGUAAUACGUGCAUUAUUUAGCUUACAUUGAUACAGAAUUAACAGUUUUAUUAAAUAAUAGUCUAUAUUAAGAAAAUGUUUAACUUUACAUGUUAAGUGGAUCAAAAACUUUGCUUUAAAAGGUCCAUUAAUAUGUAACAAGAAAAGGGCUGAAAUUCACUUUCAUAAAAAAUUCUGAAGUAUAUAAAUAAUUAUCCCUUAUAGAAAAAAAUAGUAUUGGGCUUAUAGAAGAAAACCAACUUGGAAUAUAAAGUUUGGUGGCUUUUUAAAGCAUUAGUUCUGUGAAUCAACUUUCAACUAUUUCAACAUUUGAGCUUCGCAUGUAAAUAUCUGCAUAUAAAUAGUUCACAAGUCAAGCUGAAAAACAAAAACAAGUCUUUAUUGUCUAGAAAUAUACAUAAAGAAAUCCCCAUGAAAGUUGCUAUUCUCUCAUCUCCCCAUCUUCUUCCUCUUCUUCAACACCUCUGAUAUAAAGGACAUUAUUACACCUGUAAAUAGAAACAGUUCAUUUAGUCGUUUCAACCAAAAAUUGUAUGAUCUGAAAUACUGUUGCUAGAUUUUUUCAUUAUGAAAAUACUACAUGCUAGCUAAAUUUACUUACUAUGAUUCUUGCUCUUUAAAAAAAAAAAAUUUCACUUAGAUUUGUUAAAAAGCCUGCUUAAUUAUGGUACUUACAUUUUUUUUACCAUGUGUUUGUCUUAAUGACAUUUUCAUAAAAUAAUUACUAGAAUUUGGAGGCUUGCUAAUACUAGAUAAUGAGUACACCAAAAAUCUUUUAGCAACCAGACUUAACUAAAAUUCAAAACUAAGUUCCUGCAACUAAAGUCAAUGAAAAAGAUUACAUCUAUGAGCCAGUAAAUGUAAUAUUAACACUAGAAAAAACUUAAGGAUGAAUAGCUCCGAAGUAUUUAAAUCUUACCUUUGACAAAUUUUAACAAUAUCAAAGUCUAGUUGUAGAAUAUUAUGUUAAAUUAAGUGAUUAAAACAAAGUAAUUCAAAUUGAGGUGUUAAUUCUAAUGCUCACCACUAACUCCUUACAUAUACUACUGCUGUUUAUUACCUUAUUAAAACUUCACCAAGAUGUCCAGACAAUGCUCCAUCUAUGUACUCUUCUGUAUUUGCAAGCUUUAAAUAAAAAGAAAUAUAUUAGUUUAGUUGCAUAGGAGGAAAACUGUAACACACCUAAUACUGGUGAGAGAACUUAUUAACUGAGACCUUUCUAUGCCAACAACUCAAAUUUACCUAUAAUUAAUAAUUAGAAGAUGGCCUUUUUAUCACUACUGUACUUUUUGGUUGCUCUAUAAACAGUCAAUAAAAUUAACAUUCAUGAAAGUGGAACUAAUAUGUAAUAAAGCUUGUUUCAACAGAAGUUGUUAAAACUUUCAA